AUGUCUUUCUCAAACUACUACUUCUUCUUCUUCAUUGUUCUUGCAAUCCCUACUCACCUAGCUGCAGAUUUUGCACCUGACAAUUGCGAAAAAACCCCAUUUUUAGGCGAAUGCACGUCGCUUUUGAAAUCAGCCCCAGAAGCAGAUAAAAAAGAUGUGCAAAGCUUUGCAAAAUUUGCACUAAAAACGACAUGUUCAAAUGGAGUUACAAUGCAGGAGAAAAUUUCCUCAUUGUUGAAAACAACUUCAGAUGAAUUCGUCAAGAAAUGCCUCACAAAGUGCUCUGAGCUCUACUUAGGUUCAACCAAAAAGCUUGAAGAGUCCAUUGUAGCUUUCGAUUCUAAAGCUUAUAAGGAUGUUCAGGCAUCGCUCACGGAAGCAAUCGCAGGGUCAGACGAUUGUAGGGUUUCAUUUAAAGAAAAAGUUGAGGCUGAAGAUCCAUUGGGUGAUUUGAACUUUGAGUUUAACAAGCUUUGCUCAAUUUCUAAAAAAUUAGUAGAAAUGGCAGAGACAAACUAG